GUGGUUUCCCCCGGCCAGGCACGGUGGUAGCGGCCGGCGGCCAUCGUUAGCGGAGGAGCCGCACAGUGGGAGCCGCUCGCGGGGCCGCGGAGCCACAGCGCAGAAAUGAUCAUCCCGGUCAGGUGCUUCACGUGCGGCAAAAUAGUGGGGAACAAGUGGGAAGCCUACCUUGGCCUUCUGCAGGCGGAGUACACGGAAGGAGAUGCCCUGGAUGCCCUUGGCUUGAAGAGAUACUGCUGCCGCAGAAUGCUCCUCGCCCAUGUGGAUCUGAUCGAGAAGCUUUUGAAUUAUGCACCCCUGGAGAAAUGAGAUGGAAAAAGCACUGUGCUGCAAGCCAUGUGGAACGUAUCUCUAAUUUAAACUUGAAACUGGACUUCAGGCAGUAAAGGAUGGAAGCCAACUGUAGUGCAACCAUCAAGAGAUGUUUAUCUUCUGGAUAAAAUACAGCCCCAAGCCACUAACCUCUUUCAAGGAAACAAAGGAAUGGUGAAGUCCACUUAACCAAGAUUUAGAGAUUACAAGUUUGGAUGCUUCUUCUUAAAUCUGUUUUUGGAGUUGUGAACUUCUAGAUGCUUCUGCCAGUAAAAACAAAUGUUUGUUCAUGUAGAAAAACUAUUACAUUUCAUUAAAAUGUUGAAAUAAAGGAAGCUUUUCCCUUGUA